ACAUACCUAUUCAACAAAACAAAUGUCCGAUUCUUGCGCCCAUUUCGUAAGUUCCUCCGAUGAUUAUUUCAAUUAACGCCCUAAAUAUAAUUUAAUCUAAUAUAUUUUGGGCAAUUGUAAAUUGAUAAUUUCGUUUACUCGAAGUCUUAAAUAUUAGAUAUUAGGUUUUGAUAUAUUUCUUCCAAAUUUUGAUAUUUUAUAAUUGUCGAUACGAUACGUAGACGAAAGGAAUCAAGUUUCAUAAAUAAUGGUGUUUGCGUUUGCAUAAGCGUUGGGAUAUCUACAACACAUAAUCGUCUUUAGAAAUAAUAAUGUUUGCCCCUCAAGAUGGCAGUGAAUUGUGUUCACCUUUCACCUACAAGUGAAUAGACUAAUUCGAUCAUCUAUGUGCCGCUCGUUCUUUCUUAUACGAGGUAUGUGCACUGACUCCCGGGGGCAGUGUGUGCGAUGGUGAUAGCAAAGAGUAAGAAGGUCAAACCUCAAAUGAACAACACUAUCAAGAACAUGGAUUAUAACUGGACCCCUGGGCCAGAGCCACCUAAUAACCAAGAUGUGGGGGUACCCAGAGCAAUUUUCAUUCCCCAUUCAAAUUCGUUGCCGUUUGAGGAGAGGCGCGUAACUUUGGAACAGCCAGUGAAGAUCGGCCGGAACGUUUACCGCGCGACUCCAAGCCCAACGAAUACCAUAUUUGAAUGCCGGGUGCUCUCGCGGCAUCACGCUACGCUGUACUAUGAUAAAGGCCACUUUUACCUCGUGGACAAUCAGAGCAGCAACGGCACGUUUAUCAACAAUAACCGGUGCUCCAUAUCCAAAGAGCAAGAGCCCCACGAAGUGUUUUCCGGUGACGUCGUCCAAUUCGGCAUACCUGUUGUUGAGAAUGCGAGCAAUUCAGAAAAGAACACGUUUCCUCCCGUGGUGGCCCUUCUCAAGCUGUACCACCCGGAUGGAAAAGAGGCGAAGCUUUCCUUCAAUCCCACCAUGACCACACCAUUACACCUUAAGGAACUUUAUCAGUUAAACAACUUUGUACAGGAAGCGAUACAACGCGAAGCAUCGCUGGAGAGUCGGUUGCGGACGUUACGCGAGUUCGUAGAGCGGACGCGUGCGGAGGCGCAGGCGUCGUGGGAGCUGUUCGUGGGCGAGCAGAGACUGUUGAUGCGCGUACACACGCUCGAGACCAUGCUCUCGGUCGGCAAGCAGCCAGACGCGCAAAAUGUAGCGCAGCUACUAAGCGAUAAAAGGAACUAUCAGGAAGUGGCGCAGGAGAGCCUUCGCGCGGCGCACGAGCAGCGGCUGGCGCUGGAGGAAUCGCUGGAGCGGCGCAACCGCGAGGCCACCGCGCUGCACCAGCACAACUGCGCGCUGCGGCUCGCCGCCAACAACGCGCUCGCCGAGCUGCAGAAGCUGGCAGCGCGGUGCGAGCGUAAAAUGUGCGCUGCGCGGCUCGCUAUCACUGCCGCGGAGGAGCGCGAGCAGGCCGUCCGCAACCAUUUACCACUCACGUAUUCUGUACAAAACGGCGAAGCGAAAAUGUUGGUGCUCAGUACAGACAGUAACAAGCUACAAGAGGCGCAGUGCGGCGGCUCGCUGGACGAUGCCGUGAGAGCGCUGCCCGAUUACAUUAAGCUACUGUUGCCACAGCAUCUACUAAAUAUGGCUGGAAUAAAGGCGAUAUCAGCGCAAGGGAAGUCCGCCAAAGAGUUCGAAUUGAUAUUAAAGAAAAAUAACAUUUAUAAUAAUUCUGAUUUAAAAGAAACGACAGAUGAGAGUAGCGGCAGUGGUAGCGGCGAGGAAAAAUCAGGGGACCCUGAUUCUGGGGGAGAUGAAGAGAAGCAACCGCUUCUAAAUCACGAGAGUGGCCUUGAAGAUUGUCCAAGUCCAGUUGACGGGGAGUCAGAUAACAACGCAAAUUCCACAUUCAGUGACCCGCUCAACAAGGAUACCUCUGCACACAAAGCGAACGUGGAGUACGCGAACGUGCUGCGCGUGAUGAGCGGGCUGAACGAGGAGAUCAAGGUGCUGCGCGCGCGGCUGGGCGCCGCGCUCGCCGAGAACGAGCAGCUGCGCGGCGUGCGCGACGAGCUGCUGGCCGCGCGCGACCCCGCCGCCGAGCCCGACCACGCCGCCCUCGCGCGCGCCAGCAUACUCGACCUGCAGGCUCAAUUAACGCGCUCGACGGUCGCAGAGGAGGCGAAUCUCGCCGAGAUCCAACGGCUGGCGGCAAACGCAGCCGAAAUGCAGGCGCAACUUGCGUUCCGACCUACACGUGCUGAACUCGACGACCUCACAGCUCUCGUCGACAACUUGCGCGCUGAACUCCUCGCCAAGGACCAACUGCUCGAACGACAACGGGCCGACACCGAGAAACAAACUACAGAUAGAGCGAUUGAGACUACACCCUCUAUUGAAGAUUUAAGAAAGGUCGAUGAAAAAAUCGACGCUAAACAGAUAUCCGCUGAGAUUGAUGAGAUGUUCCGGCUUGAUGAGGAUGACGACGACACUGACUCGGCGUCCACGGAGAUCAACAGGGAUGAGGAGAGCGCGGCGAGCGAGCCUGCGACCGAUUUUGUGCGACUCGACGACGAACAGCGGCUGCAAGUGACGCUGCAGAACGGGUCGCUGCACGCACUUGAAGAGGAGCUGGUCCGCGCGAAGGAGCGGUGGGCGGAGGUGUGCGGCGAACGUGCGCGACUAGCGGAACAACUAGCUCAGUUGCAGUGCAAACCAUCAACUCGCGUGUCCAUGACUCAGCUUGCCGCGGUAUGCGUGCCUAUACUCGCCGCGGUGCUUUACUACCUGCUGCUACCACAAAUCUCCUGAUGGACGGCCACCUGGGAUCCACCGGGAUACGCGUAGCCGCCGUUCUGGACGCGCCACCGGCUCCGAUUCUUUGCUCAUUCACUCGAUUCUUUCCGAGUCGUGACCUCUUCCAAAAUUGAGUGAUUUUGUAAUCUCGGCAGAAUUGACUCGGACCGGCCGCCCCGCUGCCAGUACCUUAACGAUUCGAAUAUUAUAUGCGCGCUUAGUUGUCGGCCGAGGGUUCAGAAGUAUUUAAUUAGUAUAAUUUAGUACCUAUAGUUAGAACGAUAGAUCGAAGUCGUCAUAUUGGAUGCUCUCGGUCCGGUGAUUGUUUUUGGCGACCGGUGCGAGUCGAGGACACGGAAAAUUGUUUGUAUACUUGAUUGAGCUUGUAUCGAAAGUGCCAUUUAUUAUUGGAGGUGGCGGCGCGACGCCGCGGGGUCGGUGAACGUUGUUAUCGUGUGUAUAUAUUCCUAGUAUUGUUUCUGUAAAAAGUGUCAGUAUCAUAUUUGAUAGAUAUAAAUUGAUUGUUGAUAUCUGCCAUAAUACAUAACUGUAAAUUUUAUAUAUUAAGGCCUAACGACUGUCCUAAGUUAUGAUAAUUAUUGUUGUACGAGCUCUAUCGAAAUUCUCAACCGAACGAGUAGGAGACUCAGCCCAAUUCUCUUGUUGAAUAUUUUAGAUAAUUGAUGAUAUUUCAUAGUGUGUUCAUCUGUUUAUAUGACGUUAUGUCGCCGUUCGCGGGCCGCAAGAAAGCUUUCGCAUCGCUUCUGGGACUACACAUAUCAAUUGUACAGAUUUUCAAGUAUGGGCAUUUGUUCGUCGACGAAAUUGUCAGUUUUCCUUCGAAUCAUUUGCAUUUUUCUAGUCUUAUAGAAUCGACGUAGACUUUUUGGACGCCGGUCGAUACCGUGUUC